CUGAUUACUGUAACAUGCAAAACAAAAAAUUUUUACAUCACCAUUGACAUUAUCGAUCAAACAUACUCUUAUAGAUUAAGUUCUUACUUUAAUUAAUCAAAAUUUAAGUAUGGCACAAUCACAGGUAGAAAUAAAAUCGACAGUUUUACUAGCCAAUGAUUUAGAGAAAAGAGUGGCUGAUGCCUUUUCUGUUUUCGAUCAUGCCGCAACGGAAGCGAUAGAUUCCAGAGAAGUCGGAACAAUUCUACGCGGAUUGGGGUGCUGUCCAACAGAACGUGAGAUCCAGGAAGUCACCGUGAAGGUGGAGGACAACCACAACGUUGGGACUGUGGAGCUUUUAAAAUUUAUCACCGUUGUUUGUCAAGAGCUUGCAGAACACAAAUAUGAACCAGCUACUCCUGAACAACUUUUGGAAGCUUUUCAAAUUCUAGACACCGAAGGUCGGGGUUAUCUUACUAAAGAACAACUGAUUUCUUAUAUGACCACUGAUGGUGAGCCCUUUAAUCAGGACGAAUUGGACGAAAUGCUGGAAUUGGCAAUCGACCCACAUACCCAAACUAUUCCUUAUGAAUACUACAUUAAUCAAAUUAUGUUUGAACCUGAGGACGAAGAAGAUAUAUACAUAUUGGCUGAUAGAAUCGAAUCUGAAAGGCCACCACCUCCUGCUGCCGCUAAAAAAAUAUCCGAAUUAUUUGCAAAUGUUUUACCUCCAGAAUAAUUUAUUUCACUAUACUGAACAGAGUAGUGCUUGUUGAUUAAAUAAUUAUCAAUUAGUUGGAGCACCGGACACCAUUAUAUUUUUGGAUGGAUACUUUAUCAGUGACGCAAUAAUACGAUUUAAAAUAAAUAGAUACGAAUUA